UAACAUGCGAGAUCCGUGGACCGACUCAACUGCGCGGUCGCAUUCCGCCCCGACUUCCCCUCUGCCAGCGGCCUGGUGGUUUGAGAUGAGUAGAAGAUGUCGGUGUCGGGGCUGAAGGCCGAACUGAAGUUUUUGGAGUCAAUUUUUGACCCAAACCACGAACGAUUCAGAAUAAUAGACUGGAAACCCGAUGAACUCAGUUGCCAAUUCAACGUAACAGGGGAGAAGCUGCUGAUCAUUCACUGCAACAUCACGGAAUCCUACCCCUCAACACCCCCAAUAUGGUUUGUUGACUCUGAUGAUCCUAGUCUGGCUGAAGUGUUGGAGCGUUUGGAGGAUGUGAGAAAAGGCAGCACAUUGCUUCUUCAGCAGCUGAAGCGGCUCAUUUGUGAUCUCUGUCGCCUUUACAACCUGCCACAACAUCCAGAUGUAGAAAUGCUCGACCAGCCUCUACCUGCUGGUCCAAUUACCCAAGAGCGAAAGCACGGGCCAUCAGAUGAGGUGACAUCUGAAGAGGAAGAGGAGGAAGAAAUGGGAGAGCAGGACAUUGACUUGGACCAAGACCUUGACCAUUAUGACAUGAAAGAAGAGGAGCCAGUAGAUGGAAAAAAGUCAGAAGAUGAUGGAAUAGAAAAAGAAAAUCUGGCCAUCUUGGAGAAAAUUCGUAAGAACCAGAGACAGGAUCACUUGAAUGGUGCAGUCUCUGGCUCGGUGCAAGCUUCAGACCGCCUAAUGAAGGAACUCAGGGAGAUCUACAGAUCACAGAGUUACAAGACAGGUAUUUAUUCAGUCGAACUAGUCAAUGACAGCCUUUAUGAAUGGCAUGUCAAGUUAAGGACGGUAGACCCAGAUAGUCCAUUACAUAGUGACUUGCAGGUCUUAAAAGAAAAGGAAGGAGUGGACUACAUUCUGCUCAAUUUCUCUUAUAAAGAUAAUUUUCCUUUUGACCCACCUUUUGUACGGGUUGUCUCACCUGUGCUCUCCGGAGGUUAUGUUCUAGGAGGAGGGGCCUUGUGCAUGGAACUUCUCACAAAACAGGGCUGGAGCAGUGCCUAUUCCAUAGAAUCUGUCAUUAUGCAGAUAAAUGCAACUCUGGUGAAAGGAAAAGCCAGGGUGCAGUUUGGAGCCAAUAAGAACCAGUACAAUCUUGCCAGAGCACAACAGUCAUACAAAUCCCUCGUGCAGAUUCAUGAAAAGAACGGCUGGUACACACCACCUAAAGAGGACGGAUAAGGAGCUUCUACCACUAUGCACAGGGAACAUGUCUAUGGGUCAAAGUAUCUUGUUUUCUUUGGAAUAUUUUUCCUCCCUCUGACUUACUGGGAAUAUAUCAUCUUUCUCGCGGAAACCAUCUCGUUGGCUCAUCUGACAAGUAUUCCUUCGCCCCGCUCCGGGAAAAAGACUUUAUUCUGGUGUCACUUUGCUUCUCCCCUCAGUGUUUUAGUGAGGAGGAUGAUGUGAGAGUAUCACUAGUCCUGUUUUCUAAAUAUGCUCAUUUGUCUUUAAAAAAAAAAAAAAAAACUUUUCUCCCUUUAAAUGUGGGGAAAUGCUUUUUCUUUCGCUGCUUUGACAAACUGGGCUUCACCAACAGUCAGUUACAACUCUUUAAAUGGGAAUUUUAAAAGAUUGAUACUGAAGCUCUUGAAGUGGCACCUCACCGCACCUGUUUUUAUUAAAUAAGUUGUUUUUAUUUUUUUGUUUCUGGAAGUUAAGUGGUACAUAAAUGCAAAUAUUGUUUUAGAAAUAUUAUUUGGCAAUUGUUUUUAUUAUUUCAGAAUCCUAGACAAUAAAUGAGCCAAUUUUCAUAUUUUAGGAGCGUAUCUAUAAAUUGAGAUGACCUACCACUCGGUAUCUUUUAGCUCUUACUUUAUAAAAUGUAUGAAGAAUACUGGGCCAAGCAGAACCAAAUUGUUGCAUUCUUGUCAACCGUUGUCGUUCCACCAGUGGCUAAUAUGAAGACAUGGCCAGUGGAUUUGAAAUAUCUCAGAAUCUGCGUAUUAUAUGUCUAGGAAAGAGGAUACAUAGGUAUAUUUUCAGUAGAUGAUGAUAUUAUCACUUUGGAAGUUCUAACAGACCUAAUGCUAAAGCUGAGGAGCUCUCUUUGCCUUAUUUCUGUUAACACAGUGGCCCCGCAAGUGCUCAGUUUGGCUGUUGGCCUUUCUCUUGAUUAUUGCUGUAGAGGUUGAUGGCUAGUUUGAUGCUGAAAAUGAAGCCCCGUGUGUGUAAAGUUAACAGCAUGUUGCACAGGGGCCUCAUCUCAACUGUCGUAAAAGAUCUGUGGGUUUGAUUACAGUCGCUUUGUUUAGCAGAACCGUGCUAGGGUGGGUUUAAAGAGGGAAUAGAUGAAGGGUGUUUGGAUGUGGGAUUUUUCAGCUUUCUGCCCAGUUUUGCAACAACAUUUUGUCAUAUUUCCCUGAUGUAGAUUGAUUGGUUUCCCCCUGCCCAGUUUAGAUUUGACACUGCCAUCAUGUUGCGUGACAUUACUUGCAGCUGGAUUCAUCCUCUCUGCUGCCUCAGUUUUCUCAGUCAGCAGCUAAACUUCCAUCAGGGCUUCCUUUGCCACCACAAUAUACCAUGGUUGUGUUUUGGUGUCUCUGUUUUUGGUCUGUAACAAAAACGGAUCAUUUGUAGUGCGACAAGAACUGACCUGAAACUCUGUAUGAAACUUUGACCUUGCAAUAUACUGUAGUACACCAUCAGUACUGCUGUUCCCCAUACUACAGGACACACACUGUAUCUAUCAAUCUGUUUGCGCUUUUGCAGUUUAUUUGUUAACACUGUCUGCAAAAGUAUGUUUGAAUGGCAACUCAGGUAACAAACAAUCCUUAGGAGGGGAAUCUGUACAUGUUGAGUUUUGGGGUUAUUUUCUUGGAUUAAUUAACGCUCUGUUCCGCUGAUGUUUAGGCUCACUCACAAACCGAUCUGAUGUCAAAAAGAGAAAGUGAAAUCAGCUUUACAAUAAUAUGGGUCCCAUGUUCUUUUAAUUCAAGCGAUGUUAGAGAGGAAGGACUGCAGGAGCAUGGUGACCACCCCGCGUAGUGGCUCAUCAAUACCCACCAAAGUCUUCUUUCACUUUUUUUCCUCCCAAGUGCUGAAAUAGAUUUGCUUUCAGCCUCGAGAGGUUAAAUAUAACAACAAGGCCAUUCUGAGCUAUAUAUUUUAAUAUCAGGAAAACCUUUUUUUUUCUCAGCACACUAUUCCACUUCCUGUUGUUGCAUGUCUGAUAUAUCUGACGGGUGAGGAGUUGACAGGUAUCAUCAACAAGAAGUGUCCUCAACCCUAGAGGACCCGUGUUGUCUGAAGGCACAGAAAAGUAAAAAUUUUUUUUUUUUUUAAGUACAACUUCCCCUGUUACAAAGCCUUUAUCCACCUGUGUGAUUUCCUCCCUCCAAAAUGCCAAACCUCUGGUCAGAGGGAAUAUUGAGAUGAUUCGAGUUUGACAGUCAUGCCGUGGUGAACAGACCUGCACGCUUCUCUAACUGGACUGUGUUGCAAAGAUUCAUUUAUUUCAUUUUUCAGUUCAUUUUUCUGGCACCAACAAACAGAUGACAGAGUCUGGCACCGUUGGCUCGCUUUGGUUUUCUUUUACUUUUUCAUUUUCCAUUUGAAGAAAUUUUGACCAUGUACAGUAAUUUGUAAACUUGCAUCAAGUUUAUGAAUAAAGAAUUUUAAGAUUA